GAGUGUGUGUGUGUGUGUGUGAUGAAGCUGAAGGUGUACACCGAUCGGAUGUCGCAGCCAUCGCGUGCGAUCAUAAUAUUUUGCAAGAUGAACCGGAUUGAUUUCGAGGAGGUGAGGAUUGAUCUUAGCAAGGCCCAGCAACGAAGGGAAAUAUUGUUUGUUGAUUGUGCUGUGCUUUUUGCAGAAAUAAAUCCGAUGAGACAAGUUCCGGCUAUUGUUGAUGGAAGGUUUAAGCUGUUUGAGAGUCAUGCAAUUCUGAGGUACCUGGUUUGUACAUUCCCAGGAGUUCCGGACCACUGGUAUCCUGCCGAUGUUUCUAACAGAGCCAGAAUUGAGGCAAUCUUGGAUUGGCAUCAUUCAAACCUACGGCGUGGUUCAGCCUCCCUUGUUUUUAACAGUGUAUUGGCACCAAAAUUUGGUCUUCCAUUAAAUCUGGAAGCAGCAAAGGAAGCAGAGAAAAUUCUGGACUCAUCUAUCUCAAAAAUCGAAGGCAUUUGGCUUAAAGGGAAACUUCGAAGUUCUUGUUGGGAAAUUUUUCAACCCUCUAUUGCAGACCCUCAGCCCUCGCUUUGUGAGAUAAUGCAAUUGGAGCUUUUGGACAAAAAGGAUCGGGAGAGAAUAUUAAAUCCACAUAAAAAGAUCCUACAAUGGAUCGAAAAUGUUAAAGUUGCAACGAAUCCUCAUUUUGAAGAAGUACAUGCAGUAUUGUACAAAGUCAGAGCGAAAUUACACAGUAAUCCAUCAUCAAUUAGUGGUGAGUCUAUAAAGUCUGGCCCAAAAGUUAAACUGUCACCAAAGCUUUGAUAAUUUCCAAUGAAUCAUGUUCCUAAAAUGUAAUACCAAUAACAAUAUGUUUCUAAUGUAUCGACGGUGUCAAUGUUGCAUGACCGAACCCUUUUUGCAUAAAAAAUGAAUGAUUUAUAAUAUUUAGUUCAUGAAUUUCUACGUCUCAUGUUAUUCAGUAAUAAAGUUUGACAUAUAAACUAUAAAGCUUGUUAGCUACCAUCAAGCUAACUUGUUUGA